AGCUGGGACUGUGUCUCACACACACCAGAGGAACAGCUGCCUGUCAGGCUCACAGACUAUCCACAAUCCACCAACAGGAGCCGUUUGUCUGAAGACGCUGGAGGACAUGACACCUUUGAUAUGAAACGGGGCAUGAUGACGUGGGCCAAGCUGAGGGUGUAGCCACAUCUGGCACAGAGUGCUGAUGUGAGCAGGAGCUACGGCAAACUGAACCAUCUACUCCAGUGGGCAGGAUGGGAGAGACGGAUGAGGAUAAUGUUGGAAAGCUGUUUGAAAGCUUUGUCCAAGCCUCGACCUGUAAGGGGGCGCUGCAGGCAUUCAGCCUCCUGUGCACACAGCUGGACCUCGAUCCUACAGAAAACAAUACCUUCUACAGCAGUCUAAAGGUAAAGGUCACCUCCUGGAAGGCCAAAGCACUGUGGAGUAAACUAGACAAAAGAAUGUCCCACAAGGAGUACAUGAAAGGUGAAGCCUGUGCAGGAACCAAGUGCCUUAUCAUUGGAGGGGGCCCCUGUGGGCUGAGGACAGCCAUCGAGUUGGCCUUAAUGGGUGCCAAAGUGGUGGUGAUUGAGAAGAGAGAUUCUUUCUCCAGGAACAAUGUGCUGCAUCUUUGGCCCUUCACCAUCCAUGAUCUUCGAGGUCUCGGAGCCAAAAAGUUUUAUGGCAAAUUCUGUGCAGGAGCCAUAGAUCACAUCAGCAUUCAACAGCUCCAGCUGAUUCUGCUGAAGGUCGCCCUCAUCGUCGCUGUGGAAUUUCACAUCAAUGUGGAGUUUGUUGAUCUGUUGGAGCCUCCAGAGGAUCAGGAAAAUCAAGGACUCGGCUGGAGAGCUGAGGUCCGGCCUGCUGAUCACCCUGUAGCUAACUUUGAGUUUGAUGUGAUUGUGGGAGCUGACGGACGCAGGAAUUCUCUGGAAGGAUUUAAAAGGAAGGAAUUCAGAGGGAAGUUGGCAAUUGCGAUCACAGCCAACUUCAUCAACAGGAACACAACAGCAGAGGCCAAAGUGGAAGAGAUCAGUGGCGUGGCCUUCAUCUUCAACCAGAAGUUUUUUCUUGACCUCAAAGAGGAGACAGGUAUUGAUCUGGAAAACAUUGUGUACUACAAAGACAACACUCAUUACUUUGUCAUGACUGCUAAGAAACAGAGUCUGCUUGACAAAGGAGUUGUCAUUAAUGAUUACAUCGAUACAGAGAUGUUGCUGAGCAGUGAAAAUGUUAACCAGGAAGCUCUCCUGUGCUACGCCCGUGAGGCUGCAGGCUUUGGCACCAACUACCAACUUCCCACACUGGAUUUUGCCAUGAACCACUGUGGGCAGCCGGAUGUGGCCAUGUUUGACUUCACCAACAUGUGCGCCUCUGAGAACGCUGCACUGGCCAGGGACAGAUUUGGACACCAGCUGCUGGUGGCACUGGUUGGAGAUAGUUUACUAGAGCCCUUCUGGCCCAUGGGGACGGGAUGUGCCAGAGGUUUCCUGGCUGCUUUUGACACAGCUUGGAUGAUAAAGAGCUGGGCGCAGGGCUGCACAGUUCUGGAAGUGCUGGCAGAGAGGGAGAGUAUUUACAGACUACUGCCACAGACAACACCAGAAAACAUUGCCAAAAACUUUGAGCAGUACACCAUAGACCCUGGGACUCGAUAUCCCAACCUCAACUCCACUUGCGUCAGACCAAACCAGGUGCGGCACUUAUACAUCAGUGGCGAGUUGACGUCUUGCACACUGGAGCGUGCUGCUUCCAUACGGCGGCCUGUCAAUCUGUGUAGGCGAGAGUCCGAGAUCCGACCUGCAAGACUUCUUACCUGGUGCCAGAAACAGACGGAAGGCUACAAGAAUGUAACAAUUACAGACCUGACUUCUUCUUGGGAAAGCGGCAUUGCCCUCUGUGCCCUCAUCCACAGAUUCAGACCCCAGCUGAUAGAUUUCAACUCACUAAAUGAGGAAGACCACACUUCAAACCUUCAGCUGGCUUUUGAUAUCAGUGAGCGAGAAUUUGGGAUCCGACCUUUCACAUCUGGGAAGGAGCAAUGCUCUGACCAGGAGUUGGAUAAAACCGCAAUGAUUACAUAUCUGUCCAAAUUCUACGAGCUCUUCCGUGGUACACCUCUACCGUCCUCAGGACCCAGGAAGGUGGAUGAAAACAAUAAAUAUUAUCCAUCUAAGGAAGCCAGGAGUAUUAAUAAUGAGCGCAGCCUUGCACUGCACAGGAAACGUGUGCCAAAGGAUAAUAAGUCUUCAGAGAGCACAGACUCCAAUUAUAAGAGGAGACGAAAAUUCUGCAGUUAUUUGGAGGAGGCAACCAAUCUUUCCAACAGUGGAUCUUCAAUGCCAGAGGGUCAAGAAACCACAGAACCCAAAGAAAAUAAGGUGCGAUCUAUUUCCAAUCAACUACUGGCCAAGUUUCAAAGCACAUCCAGCUCCACCAUCCGAAAACAGUCUGAAGAACACGUAGUCCGGCUGCCGCCUAAGACACUUCCCACCAAACCACAAGUCCAGCCUCAGCCCCAGAAUCCAUAUUCUAUAGAGAAUCUCAGGCAUGUUGAUCAGACACGCAGUCAGACGAAGCCCUGGCCUCAGUCCGGCAGUGCAGACUCUCCUGCUUCUCCUCCCUCCUACCGCUCAGCAGCCCUAGUCAUGUCAAGAAUUCUCCAGCGCCUCAGGGAGGUGGACGAAAAGCUCUCUGAGAAAAAAGCUCAGACACAACACGCUAGAGAGUUUCACACAAAGAGCAUAAAGGAAAAAGCUGUGCACCUCAGUGGGUUGUUCUCAGGAGACAACUCCACCACGCCAAAGGACGCCUCAGUGCGAAGGAUGCUCCCUCAGUCAUGUGCCAAGUGUCACUCGUGUGAGCGUCGUGUUUAUAUGGUGGAGAGGAUUAGUGCCGAGGGGCUCCACUUCCACAGGGAAUGUUUUUGUUGUUCCACCUGCAGGUCCGCUCUGCGCCCUGGAUCACACACCUUCGACUCGGAAAACGGAAAAUUGUACUGCAAACUGCAUUUUGCUCAACGGAAAAAUGCAACAAACCUACAGAGUAAUUUUUCAAAUCAGAACAGAGGUGGACUGCGAGAGAGAUGUGCUGUUAAUGGAGAAGCGUCUCAGCUCAGCAUCCCCCCUGAGCAGCACAGACGACCCGCUGCAGGUACCGUCGGCUCAUUCCUGAGGAAACACCUGAGCUGGCCUCUAAGUGUGACUCACGCUGUGUGCAAUGUCCCUCGGUACCUGUCUCGUUGUGUUAGCAGCACAGGCCGAGCCCUCGCCGGCCACCUGAGGGACAAUGCCCAGGAUUAUGUAUUUCUGUAUGAGCUGCUGAGCAUGGGCCUGUCCCUAAUGCUUGUAUUACCAGAGGUACUACUGCAAAUGUCCACAGAGGCUGUGCCUGCAGCAGGGACUGACUCAGUGCAGCCUCUCCUGCUGUGGGUGGAGGAGAAUGUUCUGCACAGGCUCAUCUAAAGGCUCAUCAACCUGUCCAUUUACUAAUAUUAAACCAAAAACAUGCCAUCAUAUCUAUAGCUGGUGUACUCUUGUCAUAAUGACUGUGCACGAGCACUUUUUACUGUAUUUCCUCUCAGUGUCUCAGAUGUAAUUUAGCACCAGCCAAAGCAGAGACGCUGUCGGGUUAGGUUUUUUUUUUGUAAUUUAUUACAGUGUUAGAAAAAUGUGUCGGGCAUCAAAGGUGCACAGAACUAUUUUCAUGUGUGCUUUCCUCCAAAAGCACCAUAUUUUCUGAACUAUAAGUGGUGGUCUUUUUACUAGCUUGAGAGGUGCUGCAACUUGUGUAGCAAACCAAUUUUUAUAUAUGGAAAAAAAUGUUGCAUUAUCAUCCAUGGCCACAAAAUGGCACCAUCUACAUGUAUAAUAAGAUGCUCCUGUAUAUUGAAUGAACAACUGAUUCGCACUCUGGAGCAGAAGAAGAAGAAAAAGAGCAAUUCUAUGGCAACAGAAUUAUAAUAUCAAAAUCUGGCCAUAUUUUAUCUUACAAUGGCAAUUUGCUGUGAUUGUAAUUCCAUUGCUGUAAAAAUACCAAGAGAAAUAGCAGCUCAAGCUUUGAAUGACAAAAACGUUAUUUAUCUUAGAGAUCACACGCUCAAACUACCAUGCUCUGGAAUCAAAAGAGGGAAUAAAACAUUUGCAUUAAUCAGCAAAACACUUGUUUGAACUGUGUGAGACAAUAAGAACAGCAAAGGCAAGUCAGCUAACUAAUGUAAGUCUAUCACUAUUUACAAACUUUUUUGUGUUAUAAAUUAAUAAUGUGCUGAGUUUUCAAGCAUUCAAUUACAUUGCAAGUUUACCUCAUCAGUAAUUGUCUGUUCAGUGGCCACAACAACCAGUUUACUCAUGUUUUGUACCUCCUACCAUCACAUUAAUUAGCAUUGUUUGCAUUAUAAAUAAAUAAUGAGCAAAUUAAAAUAAUUUUGUUUCUUGUUGCCUGUAGCAGUAGCACCACAUUUCAAAAAUAAAUGCAACUUACAGACUUGUGCGAAUUAACUAUGUUUUUCCCUUUUCAUGAUGAAUGCUUAUGGCAAAUGUGACCAAUACAAUAGUCUGGAAAAUACAAUUGCAGUGUUCAUGAAUAAUCCCAGUGGGCAAAGUGGUGUUGAGCCAAUAAACCAUGUUGAAGUCUGAUGUUGAGUCAACGCAGAAAAUAGGCUGUAUAUGAAAAUUGGGUCAAGGUAGAUAUUCAAUACAACAUUCUUGUUAUUAUAAUAAACACUAAAAUAACAACACAUCUGCUAACCCUAACCACAUAUCAAGUUCAUAUCAAUGUCAUAUUCUGAGGAAUUUACAUCAGCAGACUGAUUAUCGGUUGAUUAUCAUGUUGACUGACAUUAAUACAACCAAUGCUGGUACAAUUUCACAGUGCCCACUGG